AUGUUUUUCCUCAAAGAGGAGACGAAGGUGAUAUCGCUGCACCCGUCGUACUUUGGGCCGAAUAUGCGAGAGUAUUUGAUCAAUAGGCUUAACGAGGAAGAGGAAGGCCGGUGUACUGGUGAUCAUUUCGUUAUUUGCGUCAUGGACAUGGUAGAUAUUGGUGAAGGUCGGGUCCUUCCAGGAAGCGGGCAAGCGGAAUACACGAUCAAAUAUCGUGCGAUCAUUUGGAAGCCGUUUAGGGGGGAGACGGUUGAUGCAAUCGUUACUUCCGUUAAGCCCACCGGUAUUUUCACCUUGGCCGGUCCUCUAUCCGUUUUCAUUGCGCGAAAAAACAUUCCUUCAGAUAUUAAGUGGGAGCCAAAUACAGUACCUCCUCAGUACACGGAUCAUGCCGAUCAGGUCAUCGAAAAGGGAACCAGUUUACGGCUCAAAAUCCUCGGUGUCAAGCCUGACGUAGCUGCUAUCAAUGCCAUUGGAACCAUCAAAGAGGAUUAUCUUGGGUGA